AUGGUACCAUCCAGCUUCAAAAUGGCCGCAGGCACCCCUAUCCUCAAAAAGCCAGGUCUGGACCCAGAUGACCUCACCAACUACUGGCCGAUCUCCAACCUUCGUUUUAUCAUUGAUGAGGAGGACACGCAGUUCAUGACCAACUGCCCACCCGCAGUGACGGAGAGCACCCCUCGUAGACGCAUCAGCAUCCAGGUGUUCUGGACGGCGCCCCCGAGUGGCUCCGGUUGUGUCAUCCUCAAGGCAAGCAUUGUGCAGAAAAGGAUAAUCUAUUUCCAGGAUGAGGGCUCACUCACAAAGCGAAUGUGUGAGAAAGAGCCUUUGUACGGUGAGAUCACAGAGAAGCCUCUGCUUGACUGUUGUGCCUGCGGAACAGCCAAGUACAGAGUCACCUUCUAUGGAAACUGGUCAGAGAAGAUCCAUCCCAAAGACUAUCCCCGUCGAGCGAACCACUGGUCGGCCAUCAUUGGUGCAUCCCACUCCAAGAACUAUGUGCUGUGGGAGUAUGGCGGCUACGCCAGUGAAGGAGUGAAACAGGUUGCUGAGCUGGGCUCCCCGGUCAAGAUGGAGGAAGAGAUCAGGCAGAAGGGUGAUGACGUGCUGACAGUAAUCAAAAUGAAGGCUCAGUGGCCGGCCUGGCAACCUUUAAAUGUGCGCGCUGCACCCUCAGCAGAGUUCUCGGUGGACCGGACCCGUCACCUCAUGUCCUUCUUGACCAUGCUGGGCCCCAGUCCUGACUGGAAUGUGGGCUUGUCUGCUGAGGACCUGUGUACCAAGGAGUGUGGCUGGGUCCAGAGGGUAGUCCAAGACAUGAUCCCCUGGGAUGCAGGCACAGACAGCGGAGUAACUUAUGAGUCCCCCAAUAAGCCAAUGUUGCCCCAGGACAAGAUCCGGCCCCUGACCAGCCUGGAUCACCCCCAAGGGCCCUUCUAUGAUCCAGAGGGAGGAGCCAUCAUUCCUGUGGCCAGGGUGAUGGUGGAGCGCAUUGCCAGAAAGGGCGAGCAGUGCAACAUUGUGCCAGAUAACGUGGAUGACAUUGUAGCAGAUAUUGCCCAAGAGGAAAAAGAGGAAGAUGAUACCCCUGAGACGUGCAUUUACUCCAACUGGUCUCCGUGGUCCGCCUGCAGCUCAGCCACUUGUGAGAAAGGCAAGCGGAUGAGGCAGAGGAUGCUGAAGGCCCAGCUGGACCUCAGUGUGCCCUGCCCACACACCCAGGAUUUUGAGCCUUGCAUGGGGCCCGGCUGCAGUGAUGAAGAUGCAUCCACCUGUAUGAUGUCAGAGUGGAUCACCUGGUCCCCAUGCAGUGUGACGUGUGGGAUGGGCACUCGUUCACGCGAGCGCUAUGUAAAGCAGUUCCCUGAUGAUGGCUCAGUCUGCACCCUGCCCACAGAGGAAACAGAUAAGUGUGUCGUCAAUGAGGAUUGCACCCCCAGCAGUUGCCUGGUUACAGAAUGGGGGGAGUGGGAUGUCUGCAGUGCCACUUGCGGCCUGGGCAUGAAGAGGAGGGAGCGCAUGGUGAAGAUGCCUCCUGCCGACGGGUCUGUGUGUGGUGCAGAGGUGCUGGAGGUGGAGAAGUGCAUGAUGCCAGAGUGCCACACAAUUCCCUGUAUGCUGACUCCGUGGUCGGACUGGAGUGACUGCAGUGUGACGUGUGGGAAGGGCCUGCGGACUCGCCAGCGUAUGCUGAAGUCCCCAGUGGAGUUGGGGGAGUGUACAGAGGACCUGGAACAGGUGGAGAAGUGCAUGCUGCCAGAGUGUCCUACAGACUGUGUGGUGACAGAGUGGACCGAGUGGUCAGAGUGCAACAAGUCCUGCGGAAAGGGUCACAUGAUCCGGACACGCAUGGUGAAGCUGGAGCCUCAGUUUGGGGGAGACCCCUGCCCCGAGACCAUCCAGAGGAGGAAGUGCAAGAUCAGGAAAUGCAACCGCGGCCAAGCCAACAGUGAUGAGAAGAAACGACGCAAGGAGCAGCGUGAGAAGAGGAGAAGCAAACAGGGAGGGAGGGAGGAGGUCACCGCUGAACUCCCAGUGUGUAAGAUGAGGCCAUGGUCGAGCUGGACAGACUGUACCAAGCUGUGUGGAGGGGGUAUCCAAGAGCGGCUCAUGACGGCUAAGCGGAGGUUUAAGAGUGCCCAACUUCCCAGCUGCAAGGACAGGAAGGAGAUCAGGGCGUGUAACGUGCACCCUUGCUAG